AUGGGUGUGCCAAGUUCACUUGUCAUGUUAAAGAUGAACAACAACAAUUUUGGAGGCAAAAUUCCUUCGUCUAUGUUCCACAAUUGCACUGCUUUGAAGAGUAUUGAUCUUGGGGACAACAGGUUUACAGGAAGCAUACCAUUGUGGACAAGAAUCACAAGAUCAAAUGCAUCAUCCAAGUUACAGAUGCUACGUUUGCGAUCAAACUCUUUGAGCGGGCAUAUUCCCCACAGAUUGUGCUAUCUGCCAUCCCUUCAUAUCAUAGACCUUGGUGACAACAACUUUUCAGGGACUAUUCCAAAGUGUUUGUUCCAUUUGACUUCUUUGGUUCAUGGUACCAAUUCCUCUGGUAAGCCCUAUGGUAAUGUUACUUAUCCUCAGCAAACCACUUUGACGUUGAAAGGAAGAGAACUUGUGUACGAUACAACUCUGGGUCUGGUGUGUAGUAUUGAUCUCUCAUCCAACAAGUUAGAAGGUGAAAUCCCUGAAGAAAUAACCAGCCUUAUUGAGUUAGGUACCUUGAACUUGUCGAGAAAUCAUUUUAAUGGAAACAUUCCCUCAAACAUUGGAAAUCUGAUAAAGGUGGAAACUCUUGAUCUUUCCAACAACAACCUUUCAGGAGUGAUUCCUCAAAGUUUGUCUUCUUUAAUUAACCUUCUUGUCUCACUUGAACUUGUCUUAUAA